AUGCUUCGCCAGGACCCGGUUCAUAUGGAAAAACUCAUUAAAAAAGCCCAGUCAUGGCUCCUGCAUGUACAGUGGAAGAAAACACAAUAUGGCGUACUCUCAUGUAUUAAACAUCCAGAGCGCGUUACGUGGAUACAUCGCACGAAAAGCUCACCGUCCAAGUUAAGUCUUCUCUGGCUUUAUUUAGACAAACGUAGGUUUAUACUACAUCGAUUUGCAAGAAUUGGAUGUACAGAUUUAGAAAUACUCCUCUGGCUUCGAAUGCAAUUGCAGUUAUACCGAAGAAUAAAUGUGCUUUGGGAGCGGGUAACGGAGCUGGAGAAGCUGCUGCAGAGUAUGUCACCUGUUAGCCGCAAUAGUUGGUUGCCGAUUAUCAAUGCAAUAUGUGCUGAUACUCAACAGAUCCUCAAGAGCAUUAAGGUGAAUGAUGUAUGA